AACACUUUGAACGCGAAGCUGAAGUGAAAUAGUUGUUUAACUCUGCAGCGUUUAUUGUUUUCUCAGCAUUUAAAGUCUCUGAGUUCGUUUAAACUCGGUUUGUUGGUGUUUAAACAUCUGAGACGGCUGACAGGAUGAUGCCUUCAGCGACUGAAAACAAACAUCGUGGAAGGAAGAGAAAAGCUGAUGAAGCUUUUUAUGAUGAUGAGGAGACCGAGCCGGCCCCAAAACGAAUGAAACAUCUGACUGAUUCUGAGUCAGCUACUAUCCCGGGGCCGUCGACAAUCAUGCACGCCACCAAUAUUUCACCUGCUCCAGAAACUGCUGACGAUGAAGCACCAUCUGGAAUAAAUCCUGAUGACCCCAUGCCAGGACUUCUCUUUGGAUUUGGAGUAACUCCUGAUGAACAUCGUGGAAGGAAGAGAAAAGCUGAUGAAGCUUUUUACGAUGAUGAGGAGGAGACCGAGCCGGCCCCAAAACGAAUGAAACAUCCGACUGAUUCUGAGUCAGCUCCUCUCCCGGGGCCGUCGACAAUCAUUUCACCUGCCCCAGAAACUCCUGACGAUGGAGCUGUCGCAGGACCAUCAGGUAUAAAUCCAGCACCUCGUCCUGUUGAUCCAGUGCCAAGACCUGUGUCACCAUCUCCUGACGAAGAAAAUGGUGACGCUGCCCCAGAACCGGAACAGGAAAUAAAUCCAGCACCGCGUCUUGCUGAUGUUUUGAUAGACAUUCCCUUUCCAGACCGAUAUCUUACUGAUGAACGUGUCACCAACCGAUAUCAAGUGCUUCCGGAAGAGGUGCUUGAACACGGACGACGUGCAAUGGCUUUCGCUGCAGUUCGCAGAAUUGAUGGGAGACAGGUGGUGCUCAAAUGUGUUCCUGAAGAUUUCACUGAAUCACGCGAAGAUCCACAUUCCACAUCAUAUAAACGCAGUGCGUUCGGGUGUCGUGCGCCUGUAUACAAGGAAAUAAGCAUCAUGCUACAGCUGCAGCAUUCGCCUCCGCCGAGCCCUCAUGUGAUAAACAUGCUCGACUGGUUUGAGUUUCCAGAUGGAUAUGUAGUGGUCCUCGAGAGGUUGUCAGAACCCUGGGUGAAGCUGGAAACAUUUAUCCAAGAGAACGGUGGUCAGCUGAGUGAAAGAGUCGUCCAGGCCAUCAUGCGCCAGUUGCUGCAGACUUUCGAUUACUUCAUUCGUGUUGCAGUGCAGCACUGUGACGUCUGCACAAAUAACAUCAUGAUCAACAGAGAGACCCUGGACAUGAAGCUCAUCGGCUUCUCUAGAACCAAUCCCUGCUUUCUUCCUAGUAUGGAGGGAAGUCAAGCCCAGCAGCCGUUUUACGAGGAUCAUAAUUAUCGACUGAACCUCAGCUAUGACCACCUCAAGGCUCUGUUUAGUUUAUUUGAAAGAAUGUUUGACAUGAGAACGGUACACGGAGGCCAGGUACUUGAGAACAUGAGGUACAUGGAGGCCUUGAGAACCCGUGGAGCAUCUAGAGAAUGCAGAAACUUCUAUUUAACGUAUUUUCGAGUCCAAGCAAUGGAUCCUAGGGAUCUCCUAAAUCAUCCCUGGAUAACAAACGAUGAAAGGACGUCAGACUAGAUGCCAGAAGAGACGGGUAGGACUCGUUCGGCACGCGGGAAACUCUCAUCUGUUUUUUAGUGAGGGACAGGUAACUGGUAAGUUAAAACGCCUUUUUUACACUGCAAAACAUGCCCUUCUUGAAACAAGCAAGAAGCACUUAAAUCUGGUAAAAGUGUAAACUCAAGCAAAAAAUCUGCCAAUUGGAUAAGAAAAACUGACUUGAUAAGAAUUCUUGUCAGUUUUCACUUUUAAAAAGCACUGAAUAAUGAAUGAUUUAUUUGCUUUAAAGCUAGAAUAUUUGAUCUUACAUCGCGACACUGGGCUGCGCAGUGGCUCGGUGGUUAGCACUGUUGCCUCACAGCAAGAAGGUCACCGGUCCAAGCCCGGCUGGUGCGGGAGGCCUUUCUGUGUGGAGUUUGCAUGUUCUCCCUGUGUCAGCGUGGGUUUACUCCGGGUCCUCCGGUUUCCUCCCACAGACCAAAGACAUGCAGGUUAGGUUAACUGAAGAAUGAACGAUUAUGGCAAUCAUUAUUGUUUAUAUUUUUCCCCAUGACAUUGUAAUUGCGAUUAUUAUUAUUGAUUAAAUUUACAUUGACAUACGCUUUCAAAUGUUUUAAAACUUUCUGUGAUGCAAAUGCAUUCCAUAUUCCCUAGGGCUGUCACGAUUAUUAAAUAAUCCUCUCAUCGCGAUUGUUUGACCUCAUCCAGAUGGUUUCAGAUCAUCGCAAUUAUCGCACAUCUCUAUAGAAGACACUAGGGGGAGCUGUAGUGCAUUUGCAUAUUGCAUAUUUUAGUGUAUUUAUUGUAACUAAAGCAUGGUAAUACUUGUAAAAUGUACCACCACAACACAAUAAAAACUAAAGCAUUUACCAUAAAAAUAACCUGCAGUACAAUUUAAUAUUAUUUAAACUAAUCUCAGUGUGAAAACCAGUCUAGCAACAUUUCAUUAACAUGGAAGUAAACUUUUAUUGUAGUCUUGUAAGUGAGAAAAAAACAGACUAGAAGCUUUUCUAUGACUGAUAGCAUUUUAAUGGGGGCUUCACUCCUGAUCAAUUUACUUCAUUUACAAGUAUUUGGCGGUUGUAUUAUUGACAGGUGAAAGCCUAAACCUUAAAUAUAUGAUACACCAAUAUUUUCCGAUGUAUUUCCAAGAAAAAGAGCAUAGUCUUUAUAUUCAGAACAAUAUGGUCGUUUCAAAGCUGAAUCAAAAAUGUCAAAGCCCUAAAACAGACAGUUAAUCGUCAUAAUCGCAAUGAUUUACUAGACAAUUAAUCGUCAGCCAAAUGUCAUAAUCGUGACAGCCCUAUUCUUUAUAUAAAUAUUCUGCUCCUGAAAUACUUGAUUACUGUUGUAUAGUCUCAACAGGUCAACAUUUUGCACAUUCAAAACUAUACAAUAACUCGUAUAUCUGUUAUUUGUGACCACUAUAAAUGGUCGCGCAUCUGUAAAAGGAUAAAAACGCGUACAAACGCGCCGCUUGCGCAUCCAUUGUCCAAGCACAAUAAACGUGUGAAUCAAUGAACAAGUGUCAUUUUCAGUCAUGUAACUGUUUCUGAAGUGUAAUGUACCGCAGCCGAGUGCAUAGUUUGGGAACACUGAGAGUAGCCAAUGGACGGACCCGAAGGGCAUGUGCUCGCCCAUUGUUCCAAAAAGCCUAUUCCCACAGAGUUAUUUUAUAAAUAUUUUCAUUAUUAAAGUUUUUUUUUUUCAUUGAUUUGACGUUUUGUCAUUUUACCAUGGUUAAUUUUCGCAAGGGAGAAAAAGUGUACUAUCUUAAUCAAUGUCAAAGAAGAAAAUAAUUGAAGAGGUAAAGUGACUGGAUGCGCGGCCAAUGUAGUACAAUAAUGCAGAUUUUUAAACACAUUAAUAAUAAUAAAGAUCUUCAAGAAACUUUUUAUUUUACGUGCUCCUUCUCGUCCAUGUAGUUUGUGAAAAAGCCAUUGCGCUUCAUCUCAUCCUUUGAAGGAUCAUGCAAUGCAGAGUGAUUGACAGCAUGACGCGAUCAUCACACACAUGCAUUAUAACCAUAACAUGAUGUCUUAACUUUAAUAUGAUUUGUUUCUCUGAAGGUUACGAUGAGAGAUGAGGAGUGCAGGAGUGAUUGACAGCGCUAUACGAUCGUUUUACCCUCUCAAACACAACAAGCAUAAAACAUGCUGUGUAUCUGUGGUAAUGACAAACAAUAAUAUGAUUUUAGGAUCAUUUCAUUCUUUAAUUUAAGACAGACUCUUGCUUUUGUGGUUUGGAGCAAAAAGUCCUGACAGCAGCGUAUUUUUGGAAUGUCGCGUGACUGUUUAAAACACAGAUAUCAUUUAGACGCUUUUAAGGAGAAUUAGUUACUGAACUUCGUAUUUGUUGUUUCUGUGAAUCUAUGUGCAUUCUGGCCAUUAACAAUGCACUGUCAUCACAUUAUUGAGCGUGAUCAACAGUUGCUGCUUCAGCUUGCGAAGUGAUAUGCUCAAACCUGUGCCAGGAAAAGCGCGCUCGUCCCGCACAGCUAACGCAUGUGAUGGUACGCCAUGGGAGUUUCGCGGUUCGUAUCGAGGGAGGUGUAUCGCGGAUCAUUCGGUUCGGUUCGAAUAUCGUUACACCCCUAAUAUAUACUCGCUCUGUUUGCCCCAUCAUUGUCCGGUAUUGUUUGUUUAUGUUUUACAUGUUGUUCUGUUCCCGAUUGCCUUUGUGGAUUCAUUAAAUACCUCUUGUGGAUUACUUCUCCUUGCCGUGCGCUUGUAUACCCACUACACGUGACAGAAUACCGGACCCUGAAGUGGAAUACUAUAGAUUCUCUCUAGGACAGGCCUCUGGAGAGCUACGUGGAGGAGUUUGUGGAGGUGUGUUACCGGGUGAGUCGGAGCGAUCCCAUACUUAACCGUGUAUUUUUGACUGGUGUGGACGACGAUCUGCUCGUCCUCAUCAUGCUCCCAGACGUGGAUGAGUAUCCGCUGGAGGACUCCAUAAAUCGAGUCGUCCAGCCUUACCCCUAGACGGGGCGUAACAACUGUUAGUAAUUAUAGACAUAUAGACGUGUUCAGGCCAGGACUUCUAUCAAACAUGUACAGUUUGGAGUGGAUUGGACAUUGUGUGUUUGAGUUAUAACAAAUUCCUGUUUCAUGGCAGAUUGAAUUUCGUAGGCCACCACCCUGUUAUUAUUAUUAUCAGAAAUGUGAUUAAUUUAGGAGAUUAGCCAUAAUGGUUAAUAAUAAUAAUAAUAAAAUACUAGAACAUAGCUGCAAGCAGUGAUGAUGGGCCCAAGCACUACAGCAGUACCUCACCAUGGCAACACAGAUCGAUCAAGAUAUCAGAAGUCUGUUCACAAUUUAACACUUGGUUUAGCAAUCACAUGAAUCCCAUAGGAGAAGUUUUAUAAAUUCACCCCAUGCACGUUUUACAAAAUCCUGUUGGACGUAACUAAUGAAUGUCAGUGCUAAUAAUAAUAAUAGGCCUUAAUUAUAAUUAUUAUAUUAUAAGAUGAGUUAUUCCAGUGGAGUCUCUGGCCCUAAAGAUCUGUACAGUAAUGUUUUGGAUUUUUUUCUUGAUCAAUUACUAAAACAUGAUAAUUGUUUACUUCUGUUUGUAACUAUUAACAAGCAAUUGACAUCAAAGAAGUAAUAGUUUUUAAUACUUAAUUUUUUUUACUUUUUGGAUUGUGAAGAUGGAGCUGGCGCAGGACCAUCAGGAAUAAAUCUACUGUUAUUAUUACUCUUUAAAACAAAACAAAAAUAAUACAAGCUCUCUGUAUGUGAUCGUGUUUUAGACUUGUAUUCCAAUAACUUUUUUUUUAACAAACAAGUUAUAACUGAAUCAUUGUUCAUUAUGGAUUUUCUCUUUGGAUUGUGAAGAUGGAGCUGUCGCAGGACCAUCAGGAAUAAAUCCAGCACCUCGUCUUGUUGAUCCUGUGCCAAGACCUCUGUCACCAUCUCCUGACGGUACUAGAAACACUUACUGGCAUAGUUCUGCAGCUUUCUGAGUUCUGCAGGGAAAACAAAUCACAAAGUUCAGUUACAUCAUCCAGAUUAAAAUGGAAAGGAUGAACAUGAUUCAGGAGAGCAUCUGAUUGGCUGGCACGGGGAAACGCUCAAUACGAUUGGCU